AUGACGUCUCAAUACCACCCCUCGACCGUAGCCCGCCCUGGCGCCUUCCACGCUCCCCACCACGCCGUCCACCACAAUGCCCCGCCCGGCACCUUCGCCUCCGGCACCAAGGUGCAGGUCGGCGGCCACCGCGUCGUCAUCGAGAAAUACCUGUCCGAAGGCGGCUUCGCCCAUGUCUACGUCGUCAAGGUGCCCAACAAGGCGGGGGGACAUGACACCGCGGUCCUCAAGCGCGUCGCCGUGCCGGACAAGGACGCGCUGGCGAACAUGCGCACCGAGGUCGAGACCAUGAAGAAGCUCAAGGGGCACCGCAAGAUCGUCACCUACAUUGACUCGCACGCCUCGCAGCUCAAGGGAGGGGGUUACGAGGUCUUCCUGCUCAUGGAGUUUUGCGCCGGCGGCGGUCUGAUCGAUUUCAUGAACACCCGCCUCCAGCAUCGCUUGACCGAGCCCGAGAUCCUGCACAUCUUCUCCGACGUCGCCGAGGGGGUUGCCUGCAUGCACUACCUGAAGCCCCCGCUGCUGCAUCGCGACCUCAAGGUCGAGAACGUCUUGAUAAACACCGAGGGCGGAUCACGGGUAUACAAGCUCUGCGAUUUCGGCUCCACCGCGCCCCCGCGCCCGGCUGCCACAAACGCCGCCGAGGGGCGCUUGAUCGAGGAUGACAUCCAGCGGCAUACCACAAUGCAGUACCGGAGUCCGGAAAUGGUAGACGUCUACAGGAGGCUGCCCAUCGAUGAGAAGAGCGACAUCUGGGCGCUGGGCGUCCUCCUGUACAAGCUCUGCUAUUACACGACGCCGUUCGAGGAGCAGGGGCAAAUGGCGAUUCUGAAUGCGAGCUACAAAUUCCCGCAUUACCCUCCUUUCUCAGACCGUUUAAAGACACUGAUAGCAUGGAUGUUGAAGGAACACCCGCAGCAGCGACCCAACAUCUACCUGGUGGUUAAGGAGGUUUGCGCCAUGCGCAACAGGGAUUGCCCUAUAAAAGACAUAUACACCAAUAGGACUCAAUCCGAGACACGCAAGAACCAACAGCUCCCGUCGCCUGAUCCCAACGGUCCAUCUCCGGGGCCCACAAUCGGAAUUUCCAAGGCUGCGCCUGUGCAACAGGUUCAAGUUCUGCCAGAUAUCAAACCCAUGCGGCGUGGAAGGCCAACCGCGCCGGCUCAGCAAAGCACUGCGGCUCACCACAGUCCCUCUCCUAUGAGAGGUACGGGUGGUGCAAACGACCCUUUCGCGGCUUUGGAUUCUAACUCGGCGCCCGUGAGGGCCGCCGCCGCCGACGAAUUGGCCCAAAGAUUUCCGUCCCUGGACGAGUUCUCGCUGCUUCAUGACCGGGGCGGGAAGUUUCAGUUUUCCAGCGACUCCCCUGUGGAACCCAAGGCAGAGGCCGUUCAAAAGCGCGUCGCGGAAGCGUUGGCGGAGGAGGCGUUUGCAAUUCCGAGUCAUCACCAGCCGAAGAGGGAUCCGCCAACAUCGGCAGCUUCUCCUGCGAUACCAGCCAGGUCAGAUUCGUUGAGAUCAGCUCAGGCCAUGUCUCCGAGUCUAAGGUCAGAGGCUAGGCCAACCCAAGGCUCUCAGAUCCACCAGCCCCAGCCGCAGCGCCCUUCAAUGAUCUCUACUGGUAUCCAGACCUCGCCUCCUGCUUCACCGGCUCUAAAGCCUGAGCCUGCAAAGUACGAGCCUCCCAAGUAUCCAGAGGUCAGCCAACGUCCUAUUUGGCGGGUACCGCAACAGUCAAGCCAUACCAGAGCGAUGAGCCAGCCGAGGACCUCGGAAGACGACCGACGCUCGACACCAUCACUACUGAAGCCCGAGCCGGGCCCGCCUGCGCCACAUCGCCCCAAUUAUCUGGACAUGCAUCGAUCCAAGUCACAGACAGCGACUUUACAGCUUCCACAGUCGCCUGCAUCAUCCAGGCCUUCCUUGGAAGGAUCGAGGCCGUCGGGCAUGGAUCUCACGGAUCCCAUCAGCCGAUCGAAGUCAGCCAAUUCGAGAGCGAGGCCUUCGAGUGUGCACGUGGAAUCCAACUUGGAUUUCUUGCGUGAUCGCGAGGCCUCACGGAAGGGUGACAGAGUCACUAACCUGAUUGACACGGAAUCGGAGCUCAACAGGGUGAAAUCUGCUCCUGCGAUAGAUGCUGAGUUAGAAGAGAUGAACAUCGCGUCAAACGUUGAUUUCCUGCGAGCGUUGGAAGGCGAUGAUGGGUCUAGAAAGAGCGUGCAUCGCCGCACGGGCAGCAACGCAAGCAGGCACUCCAAGAGAUCCAGCCUGCCUUCGCUGUCCAAUACUAAGAACAUCCUUGCCGGAAAGUUCGGAGACGCCUUCCGUCGAUUCGAAAACAACACGGACCGACGAGAGCAACAACGCACGCCUAGCCCCGACAUUGACAUGAACAAUCAGCAACUCACGCCGAUUGCAGGCUCUGAGGUCACGGGAGAGCGAAGCGACGACGAGACUGCCAUUGAUGAGACACAAGACCUGCCCGCUGAAGUUCGUCGGGAGCUCGAGCGCCGGAGACUAUCGCAAGAGGAGAAGCGCGUGGCGGAGGCAGCUGCUGAAUAUCGCAAGCGUAUUGAAGAACAGGGUGAAGGCGGCAAGGGCAAGCCUGGCGGCGGUGGUCCUUCGAAAGCUUCGACGAUUCAAGACCGUGUCAAGAAUUUGCUGCAGGACAACACACAGACUUCCCCGAAGAAGCGGACUGCGGAGGGCUAUGGCCGUUACACAGAGUCGGCGGCGGAGAAGGGGAAGCCACCACCGCCUGUCGCCAAGAAGCUGCCUUCCCUUCCGUCCGGAGCGCCACAGUCAGAGCUGACGUAUCGACCUGCGCGGCCCCAACAGUCUUCUUCGACAGGCCAACCGCCAGCAUCCACGGCUUCCGGCUCCCCGUCGUUGCCGCAGGGGAACAAGCCGCCUCCAGCGCCACCGAAGCCAAAGGCGUUGCGCACGGGUGGGCAGUUUGAGUCUCCUAAUUCGAACAACUUCCCUCCAUCGCCCCAACACCAGAAGCCCCCCUCGCGCGGAGGCCGUCCGGCUGAAGGCGCCACGGGCCUGGACAAUGGCUUGGGCAUCAACACCGAAGACUGGGAGGCGAAUUUCAGCAAGAGGUACCCGAGUUUGAGCGGGCUGGAGAUGGUUGAGACGGAGGUGCCAAAUGGGGGUCGCUACCGCGACAUAUAG